AACCGGAAAUUACGGUGGCUCCUUUUUCCGACGAAGCUAGAUAAACAAACAAAAGCAUUACAUUAUUUUUUCAAAUAUUAAGAAGUGCGACGUUAAUUUUGCGUCCUUUCACAUAUAAACAUGAUUAUCUGUAUCAAGCUGGUAAGGUGAUUAUCAAAAAGCACAUUUAAAGAAAGGGCUAGCUAGCUUUCUGCUAGCUACGUGAAGUGGUAGGCAGGCUACGAAGCUGAACAGUUAGCUCGAAAUGUAUAUUUUAGUGCCUCGGCGAGGAAGCGCGACAUGAUGGCAUGAAACUGUUGCGGUGUUAACAAAUAUCCACAGUAUUCAUCUUAAGAAGGUUGUGAGAAAGAGGUAAAACUUGCCUUGAGAUCUUACCGGAACUACCCUUCAUAAAAUCUACACAUCGUCACCAUGGCGUGGGCUCUGAAAUUGCCACUCACGGAUGAAGUGAUUGAGUCCGGACUGGCCCAGGACUUUGAUGCCAGCCUCUCCGGCAUAGGACAGGAGCUUGGUGCAGGGGCAUACAGUAUGAGCGAUGUACUCGCCCUCCCCAUCUUCAAACAGGAGGAGUCCAAUCUGCCUCCAGACAAUGAAAACAAGAUCCUUCCCUUUCAGUAUGUUCUGUGUGCAGCUACCUCGCCAGCCAUUAAACUGCAUGAUGAAACACUCACCUACCUCAACCAAGGACAGUCCUAUGAAAUUAGAAUGCUUGACAAUCGGAAAAUUGGGGAACUUCCUGAAAUCACUGAUAAAAUGGUGAAGAGUAUUAUUCGGGUGGUGUUUCAUGACAGACGACUUCAGUACACAGAGCACCAGCAGCUGGAGGGUUGGCGGUGGAACAGGCCUGGAGAUCGCAUCCUCGACUUGGAUAUCCCCAUGUCAGUGGGCAUAAUCGACCCCAGGGCUAACCCUACUCAGCUUAACACUGUGGAGUUCCUUUGGGACCCCUCAAAGAGAACCUCUGUUUUUAUCCAGGUUCACUGCAUCAGCACAGAGUUUACCAUGCGCAAACAUGGAGGAGAGAAGGGCGUUCCUUUCCGCAUCCAGAUUGAUACUUUUAAAGAGAAUGAGAAUGAAGAGUACACGGAGCAUCUCCACUCAGCUUCCUGUCAAGUCAAAGUCUUCAAGCCCAAAGGUGCAGACAGAAAACAGAAGACCGACAGAGAGAAGAUGGAGAAAAGAGCUCCACAGGAAAAGGAGAAGUACCAGCCCUCCUACGAAACUACAAUCCUGACAGAGUGCUCUCCUUGGCCUGAGGUCACAUAUGUCAACAACUCUCCGUCUCCUGGCUUCAAUAGCUCACAUAAUAGCUUUCCAGUUGCUGAAGGAAACGGAUCUCCAAACCACCAGCCUGAGCCCGUUGUUCAAGUAGCAGAUAAUUUGUUAGCCACAGCAACGCCACAAGACGCACAGCAGUGGCUUCAUAGAAACCGCUUCUCACCUUUCUGUCGUCUCUUCACCAAUUUCUCAGGGGCAGACCUGUUGAAGCUCACCAGAGAGGAUGUUAUUCAGAUUUGUGGUCCAGCUGAUGGUAUAAGACUCUUCAAUGCACUGAAGGGAAGGGUGGUUCGUCCAAGGCUGACCAUCUACGUUUGCCAGGAGCCUCAGCAGACUCGGGAGCAGCAAACAAAACAUGAAAAUGGAGACGCUGCUGCCAGCACUUUCUUUGUAUAUCACGCCAUUUACCUGGAGGAACUCACAUCUACUGAACUGACAGAGAAGCUCGCUCAGCUCUUCAACAUCUCACCCAGACAGAUAAAUCAGAUCUUUAAACAGGGUCCCACUGGUAUCCAUGUGCUGGUUAGUGAUGAGAUGAUUCAAAACUUCCAAGAUGAAGUAUGUUUUGUUUUGGACACAAUGAAAGAUGAUACAAGUGAUGGCUACCACAUCAUUUUAAAGUGAAUACUGGGCCGGAGAAUGUCCUAACUCUUCUUUAGACCCGCUACAGUCGGCCUCUCUAGAGCCUCAUUGGUGGAAUUUAUGGAAACACACCAAGAAAUGUCUUUGUGGCAGCUAGAAGGAACAUAUGACUGAACUUGACCCUCUCCACAAUAUUUUACUGUUUUAUUUUACUGUGACUCUGCUACCACAGUGAAAUAACAGUCACCUUAUUUUUUAUUCCUCCUCUGCCAUUACAUCCCAUUAAUGGUGGUAUUUUCAUUUGUUGCUUAUGUCUCAAGAAAUGGUUUGUGGCGCUGUAGCUGAUGUUGUCCUCUGUUGUGCCAAAGCUCUGUGCUCUAGAACCAGCCAUUUGUUGUACGUUUGUAAAAAUUAAGAGGGGGAGAUUUUU